AUGGAGAGACUCGACCUAGCCACCUACAGCAAGGAGAUCAAGCAGAACUACGACCGGCUCAUCUCCGGUGAGUUGUCCUAUGUCAUUUACACCACCCAGAAAGACUCAUCUCUCAAACCUACCGUCCAAGGCGACGGAGACAUCAACGAGUUUGUGACCGAGUUUGAAGAGGGCGCAGUCCAAUUCGGUUACAUUCGUGUCAAUCCGUAUGGGUCUGACGUCCAAAAGAUCUUACUGGUCGGCUGGUGUCCAGACUCUGCCCCUUUGAAGAGCAAAGUCUCGUUUUCAAAUAACGUGGCCGAGGUCGGCAGGAUCUUGCACUACCACGUGCAGGUGACUGCUAGAGAUCCGGAUGACCUGGACGUCGACGACCUGCUGAAAACAGUGAGCAACGCGUCUGGUGCUAGAUACUCCAUCCAGUCGCUGCCACAGUCUUCUGCUCCUAAAACCACCAGGCCUGCGCCAAAGCCUGCCCCUAAACCUGCCAAAACAGAAGAGCCAGCUCCUCCUAAGCCCUCUAGAAGCAUUCCGCCAAAACCGGCAACAGCUCCGGCUCCAGCUAAACCUGCUGAACAAGAUGACGAAUGGGGCGGAGAAGAAGAGAUUCAGGAGAGAGACUUCAGCAAAAAGCCAUUAGAGACUCUUCCUUCUGCAUACAAGCCAACAAAGGUCGACAUUGAGACAUUGAGAAAGGGUCCGUCACAAACGACCAGCUCGCAACCCGCCACUGUUUCAUUGAGUCUCGGAGACGGUCGCCUGUCUUCGCUGCCGAAACCAAAGGUGACGAACUCUGUCGCUUCCAAAUUCCAGGAAGUUGUUCAGCCUUCCUUUGGCUCUAAACCUUCCUUUGGUGCUCCCCCAAAGAGAGACGAGCAUGUCUCGUCGGGCUUGAACCGCAACUUUGGAGCCACUAACGGCAAGACCCCUGCUCAAAUCUGGGCCGAAAAGAAAGGACAGUUCAAGGAUGUCGAGACCGAUUCGAAGCCUGUGAACGCUGAGCCUGAAGAAGAGAUCAAUGUGCACGUCAACGAUGUCAAGGCCAAGCUCGAGGCCUUGAAGACCGAGGAGGAGCCAAAUCAGGCAUUUCCUCCUCCACCAGUGAGAUCCUCGUUCCCACCUCCUCCAGUUAGAACUGUUCCGAAGGAGGAAGAAAAGGAGGAAGAAGAGAACGAAUCUGAGCCAGAAGAAGAGAAGGAGCUCGAGCCUGCUCCUGCCUUUGCUUCUGCUCCUGCCCCUGCUCCUCCUACUGGACCACGUCCGGCCGCUUCUGCUGCUCCGUCAGCAGCUCCGACGGCAGUUGCAGAGUACGAUUACGAGGCAGCUGAGGAUAACGAGAUCGGGUUUGCAGAGGGUGAGACUAUCGUGGACAUCAAAUUUGUCGACGAGGACUGGUGGCUCGGAACCAAUGCUGCUGGCAAAAGCGGUCUCUUCCCUGCCACAUACGUUGUCCUGAACGAGAAAAAAGACGACGAAGAACCAGCUGCUGAGGAGGUCCCAGAAUCAAAGUCAGAACCCGAAGCUUCCAAGGGACUGACUGCCGUUGCAGAGUACGACUACGACGCUACUGAGGACAACGAAAUUAGUUUCAAAGAGCAGGAUAUCAUCACAGAAAUCGAGCAGGUCGACGAAGACUGGUGGCUGGGUUCCUGCAAUGGCGAGAGAGGAUUGUUCCCUGCGAACUACGUUAAGCUACAAUAG